UCUCCUUUUGAUUCCUCAAACCACCAUUCUUCACACACACACACACAGAUCAGAGAUAAGAAACAAAACCCUAAUCUCUGAAAAUGUAUAUUCCAUCAAGAAUCAAAGUCUCUCUCAUCAUCUCCUUACUUGGUUCAUUACUCCUACGCGAAACUUACGCAGACUACGGAGGCUGGCAAGGCGGCCACGCCACUUUCUACGGCGGAGGCGACGCUUCUGGCACCAUGGGUGGCGCGUGCGGGUACGGAAACUUGUACAGCCAAGGGUACGGAACGAGCACGGCGGCGCUGAGCACGGCUCUGUUCAACAACGGUCUGACUUGUGGGGCGUGCUACGAGCUCAGGUGCGACAACGACCAGAGAUGGUGCCUGUCCGGGACGAUCACGGUUACGGCCACUAACUUCUGUCCACCGAACUUCGGCUUGGCCAACGACAAUGGCGGUUGGUGCAACCCUCCUCUAGAGCAUUUCGAUCUCGCUGAACCCGCUUUCCUCCAGAUCGCCCAAUACCGUGCUGGUAUUGUCCCCGUCUCCUUCAGAAGGGUACCAUGCAUGAAGAAAGGAGGGAUAAGGUUCACGAUAAACGGACACUCGUACUUCAACCUGGUGCUGAUAACGAACGUGGCUGGAGCGGGGGACGUGCACGCGGUUUCGAUAAAAGGGUCGAACACAGGAUGGCAAGCCAUGUCGAGGAACUGGGGACAGAACUGGCAGAGCAACUCCUACCUCAACGGCCAAAGCCUCUCUUUUCAGGUCACCACCAGCGACGGCCGUACAGUCACUUCCAACAACGUCGCUCCGUCCGGGUGGCAGUUCGGACAGACCUUCCAAGGCGGACAGUUCUGACAAAUUUCUGACACAAAACCAGAUUUGUUCGAAGAAGAAUUGUUGUUUUUUAAGAGGUCGAGGUUGGGGGAAUGGUAAUAAUGGGAGGUGGGGUUGUAUGACGUGGCUGCGUGAUGCUGAGGUGGCUCAUAGGCGCCCGCUAGGUAGGCCUUGGUUUGGUUGUUUCACUUAAUUCGAGUGUGUAUUUGAUCCAAUUUGCUUAAACUUCACCUCAUAAUAUAAUUAUUUUUUCCCUCUUCAAAGAUAAUGAAGGUUUUCUUUUUGUUUACUUUA